AUGCGUUAUCAGAAUUGGGACGUUCUCAUGUUUCCACAUGAAUUAUGCAAGAUCCCAAUGCAAGAGUUCAAAACUUCCUGUCAAGUUGUUCAGGACCACGAAGUCCAUUACUCGCAGACCACUGCUCUGAUACUUCCUAUGGUUACUUGUUUCAUACCAAGCUUAGCUGCUGGAGAGCCCUUCCGAAUUUCUAUCCAUUCUUGGCAAAAUCCCGAAGCCAGCCGUUAUGUACAACAUAUCAGCAAUAGAAAUGCGGAAUAUGUUAUGUUUGAAGCUCGUGUAUUUGUGGAUGGACAGAUUGCUGGUACUAAGCUCUUUCAUCGAAACGGCCCUUGGCCAACAGUUCUCGAAACUAGUGUUGGUAAUAAAAUCAUUCUUCUUUUUCACCUGUACCUAAGCUCGAUAAACAGGGAGAUUGCAAAAAACUCGAGUUUCCUGCCUUCCAUCGAGAACUUCUAUCGCAAAGUUAUUGGAACCCGGGAGACGACCCUCGGACGUGUAAAAGUAGUGGUAUCGGAAGGUAUUCCAAGAGAUAAUAUUUUCUAUGCCUUCGAGCGUAUCAAGAACUUAGUAGCUUUCUCGUUUCAGCAUGCUCCAUUAGACGUCUUGGAAGCUUCUUCGAUUGCAUGGCCAAAUGCGGCCAUGUGGCGCCAGGUAUCUCUUGUUGCACCUAUCUACAAUCAGCAUCCAUCGCCGAAACGGGUUGAAGAGGAUCACGAGGCUCAUGCCCAUUCUCCACGAAAGUCACAAAACAUAGAUUUCUUGUCUUCGCAAUCCAACUCUAUGCCACCACCAGCAGCACCAUUCUCAAAACCUCCAAAUUCGACCCAUUCACUGCUGACUCACACGUCCUGCCUUUGCAGGCUGGCGUCUGAUUCUAGUGGACAGGCAGGUAUAUGGGCGCAUACGAAUCUCUCUGUGAAGCAUUACUGGCCACCUGUACCUGUUAACACACCACAGAAUGAAUCUGAAAUGACAUCGGCAAACAUAAUUUCACUUCGACAGACGUCUUUGCAAAGAGUAUCUAGCAGAGUCGGCCCCGUUGAUCGUGUAACAAUACCACGCGCAAUCGGUGCACUGGAUGCACCCGAAGGACUAGUAUCUCAUAUCGAAGAGGCUCGACUCCGUGACUCUAGAAGAUUGAGCUCUUCUUCGCUGAGUUGUGCUAACAAGGAGAAUGAAAGUCGAAGUCCAGCAGCUCCAUCGGAAAGCACUGGUCUUAACAAUCAGAGAACUGCAAGUGAUGGUUCUACUAGAAGAACGUCUAAUCUUUUUACAUCCACCAAUGCAAUUGGCACUAAAAGACAAAGGAACGUUACUCCUGCUUCCUCAAAGGCCAUUGAUGAUGAAGAUGAGCCAAGAUCCUCUCCCUCGUUGAGAAAGGUCUCGAGGCAAUCAAAUGCCAGUGGGAAUGGGAGGGGAAAGGAUGCUGAAAGAAGAGUUUUAAGUACCGUUGAUAAUGCUUAA